UAGCUUCACCACUUCGACAUCUUCUCCAUCUCAUUUCAACACCAUCUCACCAUCAUUCCAUUAUGUUCUCAAUUGCUCUUCUUGCGGCAGCCAUUCUAGGCCUCCUCGUUAUAACUCUCCUUUCCUCCUCUCGCCGCAAUGGCCCUCCAGGAACCACCGCUCUGCCCGGCCCCACGGGCCUCCCCCUCCUCGGUUCUCUCCUCUCCAUCCCACCCCGCCACUCGUGGCUGAAAUUCUACGACUGGUCGAAACACUUCGGGCCCAUAUACGAGCUAUCCAUUGCCGGGCGGCCGCAAGUCAUCAUCUCAAGUGAGAAAAUCGCCAACGACCUGCUCCGGGAACGAGGCAACGUCUACUCUUCCCGCGAGCAGGUGCCCAUGGCCGCACAGCUCCUAUCAGACAGCCUCCGACCUCUCCUGCUUCCCUACAACGAUCUUUGGCGUGCGGGCCGCAGGUUCAUGCAUAGCCUCACCAUGCCCUCGGCGGCGACAUCGUAUCAGCCGAUGCAGGAGCAAGAGAGCGUGCGCAUGCUCCACGAUCUGAUCCGCUCGCCGGGUGAAUAUGAGAAAUGGCUGGAACGGUAUACAGCGGGGUUGAUGCUGCGGCUGGGGUUUGGGAAAAUGCUUAUCACUGGGGAAGAGGACUACCUAAAGAGAAUCAUGAGCGUAGGGAAGAACCUGGAGCGCAUUGCGAGCCCUGGUGUUUAUCUGGUGGACACAUUGCCCAGCCUGAUGUAUCUUCCCGACUUCCUAGCUCCCUUUAAACGGGAAGGAAAGAGGUUGCAUGUCGAGGAGUUGGAGUUUUUCAGGGAGUUGCAGGACGAUGUUCGGAGAGAAACGGAGAGUGAAAAACUAGGAAGUAAACAUGUGGAACAGGAGAAUUUCACGAGUAAAUUCCUGAGCAGCCAGGAGAAAUGGGGCUUAUCAGACGACCAAGGCGCUUAUGUCAUUGGCACCUUGUUUGAAGCUGGAGCGGGCACCACUGCAGCGGCGAUGAUGAGCUUCCUCCUCACAAUGGCAUCGCAUCCUCCCGAGCUCCGAAGUCUCCAGAGAGAAAUUGAUAUAGUAGUUGGAGACAGGAUGCCGAGCUUCGAGGAUCUCCCCGGCCUACCGCGCGUAAGAGCCGUCGUCAAAGAAACGCUCCGCUGGAGGCCUGUGACGGCAGGCGGAGUUCCUCACCAGUUAACCAGAGACGAUGUAUAUGAGCUUGACGGGAAAAAAUACUUCCUCAAAGCAGGAUCUGCCGUCCACGCAAACCAAUGGGCUAUCCAUCGAGACGCAUCUCUUUACCCCGAUGCAGAAUCAUUCCUCCCCAACCGCUGGCUGGACCCAAAAUACCCCACCUACAAGGAACCUCUCGAAGCUUAUCCAAACCUGCAGAACUUCAGUGCCUUCGGAUUUGGAAGACGAAUAUGUCCCGGGCUGAAUAUUGCCGAGCGCAGUUUGAAUAUUCUGGUGGCGCGGAUUGCGUGGGCUUCUGAUAUAGAGGGGAAACAAGGAUGGGACUAUGAAGCGUAUGAGUACACCACCGGUUUCAACGUGCAGCCUAAAACAUUCCCAUUCUCACUGACGGCCCGGAAGGGGCGAGCCAAGAUUGUGGAAACGGAAUAUCAGCGUUUAUGGUCGCAUAUUAUAGGGGAGUGAACUAGCAAAUCCUAGUUGGUAAGGGCAGAUCCAGCCUCAGAGAUGUUCAGAAAUCACACCGAGGCUGGCCACCUCGACCGGGUUACUCUGUAUAAUUAAUUAUUAGUUUAUUACCUUACAGAGCCAUCUAGAGAUAAGAACAAACCAGGUGUGCAUAAAAUCCCGUUAUCGUAG